AGAGUCUGUGGUUCCCUUCAACAAAAUAAUAAAGGCAACAAUCUAUAUUCUAUUAUCUAUAAUCUAUAGUGGAUCCAAAUUGAUGACUCUUAAAUGAAGACCGCCCACUUUCUGAUCCGGACCAUUAAUCUUCAUGAGAAGUACUAACUUUAGCUUGGUUCGUUCAUGUUUUAAUGAAAGAAUAUAAGCAAAAAUUGGACAUCCAUUGGGACAAAGGAUUUUAAUUUGUGAUGGAAAACUCCAUUUUGUCUCGAGAUUCAAAGUUAGAAGAAAGUUUCUCAUUUAGCUGCUAUGACUUCAACACGGCUGUGUCAUUUUUCUCCGAGGAGGAAGAUUGUGGAAACGAUGAUGAUGAUGAUGAUGAAUCAUACAUUGAAAUAGCACUUGAUGAUGAUGAUCAUAAAGAUGGCAAGCAUGAUGAAGAGGCUGAUGCAUUCGAAUUGCGAAUUUCAUAUUCAUCUCCCAAUAUUGUCUUCAAUGAACUCCCCACCCAUAGUUUGACUGACACCAAAAUUCAAGACCUUGGCUUUGAGACACACACAAUAAUUGAGACCCCUUCUUCUUGUUCAUCAUCAUCAUCAUCCACUUUGAGUUGUUCUUCAACAGAAACUUGUAGUACUGGUCCACCAGUACCGCAUGUGUCUCCUCAGCCUUGGGGCAUUCACAAUUCUGCAGUUAGACAAGGGGCAGAGUUCCCAGCAGUCAACGAACAAGUCAAUACGCUCCCCUUCAGUUUGGAUGAGGAAAAUUGUCUUCCCCAGAAAAACCCGCAAAUUUUGAUCGACACCUAUCAAUGGGACUUGGUAGGGAGCAGUAAAACAUCAAAUAACAGAACAACAAUGAGUGGUGGCAUCAUGAAGCUCUUUAUCAAGUUUCGAGCCAUGAAUGUCCGAACCCUGCUAGCAACAUUUAUGAAAUCCCGCCAAGUUAUAUCUUCUCCAGGCAGCAGUGAUCACAAGAAGAAAAAGUCUAAAGAGAGGCUAGUUAAGCCUUUCGACAAGGGGCUAAUACAAAGAAAUCAGGAACAGGGUCGCAACAUCAGUAAGGACAACGAAAAAUCUCUACCAAUUGGUGAGAAAUAUCCGAGAGUGCUGGAGAUAAACUUGGACGCAAUAAAAGGUGCUGUAGAAGCUAUAAGCAUGGGCGUUGGUCGCAAAAAUAGACAGACUAGAAGCUGCCCAACUUCUAUCAAGUCCUCCCCACUUCACAAUGGUUUUCCAAGCGAGAAUAAAUUAUACUCGAAAGAAACAUCAAUUCAGGCUGCCAUUGCCCAUUGUAAAAGAUCAUUUGGUCAAACGUAAGUGUAAUUAGAGUAUUACAGAGAAAAGUUCUG